CUCAAGCUGCACACCUGAGUCAGAAGGGCUGCAUAGUGCAGUGUGGACAUGUUGGCAUGGCUGCGAGACCCGGGUCCAGCCAUUGUAAAUCUGGGUUUACACUGCAGUGUAGCCACACCCACUUUAAGUCUGCUUCCUUUCACCCAAGAGAACAAAGAAAAGAAGGAAGGUAGCAAAGUGGGCGAUGGAGGGAAGGGGCCAAUUCCCUGCCUCACCCCAGAACUUUUGUCUUUGUGCUGCUUUCACGCAGUGUGUGAGACUGAAAAUGGGCCCAAGCUCUGAGAUGGGUGAGGGGUGACUUUUACCAUCCACACAAGGAGAGCAGAGCGAAGAGCCAUGCAGCAGAUUGCCAGGACACAGGUCCAAAGGCUGGGCUGGAGAAAUCUAACAGGAAUCAGCCCAGGCUACAUCCGGCUACUGCGAACCUGCUCUCUUGCAGAGAGGUGGGAUGGCUUCUGCAGUAGGCCAGGGCACAGACAAUGGGCAAGAGCUGUAGGUUUCUUCUCCAGAGACCAGUUCAAAGCUAGGGUAGGUCACAGCUGUUCUGUUCAUUCCCUCCUGGGCACCUGGCACUGGCCACUGUUGGCAGACAGGAUACUGGGCUGGAUGGACCUUUGGUCUGACCCAGUAGGGCCGUUCUUAUGUUCUAAUCCCUCUCCAGGAGAGACCACGCUGGGCUGGACAGUGCCAUAAGCUGUCACAUUUCUGUCCUCCCUAGGAGCAGCUCAGUGCAGCUUCCGCAAACCUGCGAGGCAGGAAGACAAAGGGGGCCCAUCCUCACAACCAGCCCCCUAGAGAGACUUCCUCAAAGCCCAUGGGAAAGCGACAGCUUGGCUGGGGCUUUUUACUUCCUAAAAGUCGAUAGAAGAAAGUUUUAAAAUAGUUGAGAUACAUUUGAGUAAUUUCUUCUCCCCGCCUCACUGCCCCUGUCUGGAGCCGGGGAGCUGCCAGAGGGACUCGUGCCGUGAGACUGCAGAGGAAGGAGGAGGACGGGACUAGUGGCACGCUAAGCAGCUUUCCACCUCCAGGCCACUGCACCAGCCCACCCCCCUCUUGUUUGGUGGCCUCUGUGCCUCGGGGGCGGGGGGGUGACCUGAGGCCGGGGAAACAGUCUGUUUAUUUCCCCUCUGGACAGUCACGCACGUCACAAAACCACCAACUGGUCAUCUCAACAGACAGGCCAGGGGCUGAAAGGGCGCUGGCGAGCGACUUGCCAUCUGCCUCCUGCAGCGGGUCCCUCCAUUUCAGAGGGUGGGACACACUGAGGGGAGCCCAAGUGUCCCUGCCCUGUGCACACAGGCCGUUGGGCUGCGGCACUGCCUGCCAGCAUCUCUCACAAGCACUAGUAAGGUCUGAGGAGAGAGGUGGGCUGGAGUCUGAAUUUGCAGUGGCAGCAGCUGGGUGUAUGGUGCUGGGUAACUAGGACGUGGGCUGGAUAUGCUGGGAGACAGGAACCUCCUGUCUCCAGCUUCCUGACAACCCCUCACUGGGUACAGCAGGGAGGCAGGAGCUUUGCAGAAUGGCUGGGUGUGUCACUCCGCCAGGAAAAGAGUGCCCAGGAGCACUUCUCUGGCAGGAGGGCGCUGCAGUGGGGACAUUCAGGGAGGCAACAAGAGCACUCAGAGGUGGGGAGUGGAGCCUAAGGGAGCUGGAGCCAACUAGGCAGGAAGUAAUGGGGCACGCUGUCCUCCGAGAGAGAGCAGGGUCUGCGAGGGAGUGCGCUGGCUCCGACUGUAGCAGGGUAUCUGAAGGUCUGUGUGUGUCUCUGCCCUGAGCUUCGGCAGGAAAACUCCCUCAGUGCUAGCCCCGGUGCAAGCCUAGGAGCCUCGAGGAUGAGAUUCCAACCCUAAUCUUCGAUGAUUCUAUGACACCAGCUGGCAUGCCAGGGAGGGGAUUUACCGGCUCUAUCGGCUGCUGCUACACCAGAGAGUGAAUCCAUGUUGCUAUUACCCCUGUCAGAACAAAGGGGUGUGCAUGAGGGUCGGCAGAGAAAGCUAUGAAUGCGACUGCACCCGGACAGGUUACUUCGGCACUAACUGCACUUGGCCUGAGUUUUGGACACGACUCCACAUUAUGAUAAAACCAAGCCCGGCCUUCUAUCACUUCAUCCUGACUCACUUCAAGUGGCUUUGGAACAUCCUCAAUAACACCUUCAUUAGGGACAUGCUGAUGAGACUGGUGCUAACAGUCCGGGCCAAUCUGAUCCCAAGCCCCCCCACGUACAACUCAGUGUAUGGAUAUAUCAGCUGGGAAGCCCAUUCCAACAUGAGCUAUUUCACCCGGGUCCUUCCGCCGGUACCCGAUGACUGUCCGACUCCUAUGGGAACCAGCGGGAAGAAGCAGCUCCCUGACCCUCAGCUCUUUGCAGAGAGGUUUCUGCUCCGGCAGCGAUUCCAAAGGGACCCCCAGGGGACCAACCUGAUGUUUGCCUUCUUCGCACAGCACUUCACUCACCAGUUCUUCAAGACAUCUGGGAAGAUGGGGCAUGGCUUCACCAAGGCCCUGGGCCAUGGGGUGGACCUUGGGCACCUGUACGGGGACAGCCUGGAGCGUCAGCACCAGCUGCGGCUCUUCAGAGACGGGAAGCUCAAAUAUCAGGUAGUGGAUGGAGAGAUGUAUCCACCCACGGUCCUCGAUGCUCCGGUUCACAUGAUCUACCCUGCCGGCACUCCCAAAGAGAAGCAACUGGCUGUGGGCCAGGAGAUGUUCGGCCUGCUGCCAGGGCUCAUGAUGUAUGCGACCAUCUGGCUUCGUGAGCACAACCGAGUCUGCGAUGUGCUGAAGCAGGAGCAUCCAACGUGGAGCGACGAGCAGCUCUUCCAGACAACCCGCCUCAUCCUCAUCGGAGAGACCAUCAAGAUCGUCAUUGAGGACUACGUGCAGCAUCUCAGCGGGUACUUCCUGCACCUGAAGUUUGACCCGGAGCUGCUGUUUGGCAUGCAGUUCCAGUACCAGAACCGGAUUGCCGUGGAGUUCAACCAGCUCUACCACUGGCACGCGCUGAUGCCGGACUCGUUCACCAUCCAGGAGGAUGAAUACAGCUACAAGCAGUUUAUUUACAACACUUCCAUGCUUCUGGACUAUGGGGUGGAGGCCCUGGUGGAGUCUUUCUCCAAGCAAAUGGCAGGACAGAUUGGUGGGGGACAAACCAUCAAUACCAACCUCUUGAAAGUGGCUGUUGGAGUUAUUGAGGAAUCACGGCUGCUGAGGCUGCAGCCCUUUAAUGAGUACCGGAAGAGGUUUUCCAUGAAGCCCUACAAAUCCUUCCAGGAGUUAACAGGAGAAGAGGAGAAAGCGGCAGAGCUGGAAAAGCUAUACGGAGACAUUAAUGCCUUGGAGUUUUAUCCUGGUUUGUUGCUUGAGAAAUGCCAGCCAAACUCUAUUUUUGGGGAGAGUAUGGUGGAGAUUGGAGCCCCGUUUUCCCUGAAAGGGCUUUUCGGAAACCCCAUCUGCUCUCCAGAAUACUGGAAGCCCAGCACUUUCGGCGGCUCGACUGGCUUUGAGAUCGUGAAGACAGCUUCGCUCCAGAAGCUCGUGUGUCUCAACGUCAGGCGGUGUCCGUAUGUGGCAUUCCACGUGCCAGAUCCUAGCACAGAAACAGGAGCAACUGGUGACCAUCAAGACCGCAAACCAUCCACUGAGCUCUAGUGUUACUGUGGCUCCUCUGAGGCUGGGCCAAUGAGUUUCCUCCUUCAUUAUUGUCCUAACGAUUCCUGUUGUACCCCACGGCCUUGGGUACAAAGUCCUCCCUUGCAGAGAGAGACAGGCACAAAGGAGGAGGACAGUAUGCUCCUUGCACCAUGUAUCAAUAGAAUAGGAGGCCCCCUGGUUCUGUGCAUUAUCCACACCCAGGGCUGGGAGAGGGGAAAGGAGAGGGAGGCUGGUACUAGUUCAGGGAGAGCCUGAGUCAUCUAAAUGCUACAGACACCAUAAUGGUCUAUCUCCACACAAGUGCUUCUUCUGCUAGCAAAUUCCCUGCUCUAAGCCAGUUCUGUUUUCCAGUGGACUCUCUGCCUCUCGCUGCUGUCAGAACCUUUGCUCUCAGUAUCUCCCCCACAACUUGACUGCACAACGCAGCUAUCACACGUACUUUUCCUGCACCGGGACUGCAAGGCAACCUAUGCCCACCAGCUGAGUAGGGGUGGAGCAGUACACAGCCACUCGUCUACCCCAGCUGGCCGUCACACUUGCUCAUCUCUCGGGCUGCUCUUAUUUUCCUGCUGUGGCCAAAUGGUUUGUGUGUUUAUAUUGUGGACCGACCACCCCAGAGAGCAUCCUUAGAAAUCACAACAAUGAGGAUUUUCUCAGAGGGUCUCUGGUUUGGACAGAGAGGGAAAGAAAAUCAUCCAUAGCCUGCUCAAUGCCUCAGGGCUUUUCCCCUUGUCCUACACAGAUUCAAGGUCAGUAACCCUUCCAUGGCUUUAAGAAUGUCUGGGAGGGGAUGGGGGUGAGAGCAGACCCCAGUGCGUUACUCUGCAUGAUAUGGCUGGAGCACACAUGUACUGUACAUGCCUGUCCUUGGUUAUUCCUUAUACAAACCAAUCAGAGCUCAAUCACUUCUCACACACCCAGCUCAGCCAGUUUUCAAACACUCUGGGCAAGCUAGCAAAAGCGACCACCUGAACUGCAUGUACAAUUCGGCACCGUCAGAUAACUGGGCCUGGAAGAGCCCGCUGUCCAGCUUUGGGAACCAGGUCCUGUUAAUGUGCUGAGUGGGCUCUGGCAAUAAAUCGAGAGUUCAACCUGAUUCAGUCUUUGCCAGCGCAAGGUGGAAAGCGAAGUGCUUCUGAGAGAGCAGGAAAGCUGUUGAGUUUCAUGCUUCUUCAGAGGCAUGGGAACUCCAUUCUGCAGCAUCACAUGGAGUUUAAAAUACUGCUGGGAAGUAGAUAUUGCUGAGGAGUGAAGGGCUGGGGUAAAAUCUGUCAGAGCUCAUGGAACCUCCAAACCUAGACCAGCCAAAUAACCACACCAAUGUGCCACAGGGAGCAGUGCUUAGGUGUCAACUAGGCAAUCUCUUAAUAGGCCUUUUCUGCCUCUAAUUGGAUUGGGUCCGGAUUCUGUCACCCUGACGCACUCUGAGAAGUACCCCACUCCACAAGCGGUUCCACUGGUCCCGCAGAGGAAGGUACUACUCAGUGCAAGUAAGGAUGUCAAAAUCUGGCCCUUUGAGUCUAUGGGUCUUAAACUUUCCUGGUGUAAAUAGCUCAGAAAACUCUCUUGGUCCUGCUUUGAGCAGGGGGUUGGACUAGAUGACCUCCUCAGGUCCCUUCCAACCCUGAUAUUCUAUGAUUCUUCCGAGAAUAUAUAUGCCCUGCUUCAGGCCUCCUGAGGUUCCACACUCCAAAGCUCAAUACAGACCUAGGAGCAUUGUUUUCCUGCCUUAUACCCCCCUCUUCCCCCGUUUCUAGCAGCCACUGGUCUGUGCCUCAGUAAAUACAGACUGGUGAUGAGCAGAGACAUUCUAAUCCCCAAAUUAGCAUUGCAGACAUGCAGCUCUCUGAGCGAUAUGUUUGUUUGGAGAGUCUGAACGUUCCCCAGUGUUCACUUGUGACAGAGUGGUCGGUUGUGAUCCCAAUAAAAGAGAAAGUGAUUUCA